UCUUUCUAUGGAUGGAACAUUUUACGAAAGCUGUCAGUGUCACUCAGAGAAAAAUAAUUUGUAAAUUUUAUUUUUAUGUGUGUGUUCAAUAAAUUCGUAUAAAACAGUUUAGAAAUUAUUUACUUUUCUUAGUUCUUUCGUUACGAUGACAGUGACGAAGAAGCAAUAAUUGCGUGUAUUUAUUUGUUAAUUCUUUCCGAUCCACUGUAUGUUUAUACGUAAAUCAGCUGUUUUCUAGCAAUACAAUACAAAGUGUAAUUUUUAUAUAGUUAAUUCUUUCGAAACACUGCAAUUAAAAUUAAAAUGUCGUCUACUCAUCGAGAAGCAAUUCAGAAACAAAUUCAACAAGACUGGGCAAACAGGGAAUACAUUGAAGUCAUAACUGGCAGUAUUAAGAAAAUAACAGAUUUUCUAAACUCCUUCGAUAUGUCCUGCAGAUCACGAUUAGCAGUUUUAAAUGAAAAACUCUCUACUCUUGAGCGUAGGAUAGAAUAUUUGGAAGCACGUGUGACCAAAGGAGAGACUUUAACAUGAAAUAUCACCAUGAAAAAUUUUAUACUAUACCCUUUUUUUACUUUUGUCUAUUAUAUACAAUUGUAUAUAUCUAUAUAUAUUUAUAGUAUUAUUUUAACAAACUUUUGAAUUAUAUUAAUAAAAAGAAAAAUUAA